AUCGAACACUUAAGAAUAAAAAUUUUCUAAUUUUAUAGCAAAUAAAUAAAUAAAUAAUUAAUUCUAAAUAGUUUGAUUUUUUGUUGGAUUAGUUGGUUGGAUGCUAAAAAUCUUAAUGUAAAUCUCAUUUUGAAGUAUUUAAGUAGACUUUAAAAGUUUCAUUAAAAUAUUUUGUUCAGAAUAAAAAUAAAUUUAGAAAAAUACAGCAAAUGAGAAUGAAAGAAUUAUUUAUUUUUUUGAUGCAUCUUAGAAGUGUUUUGAAUAUUUCUCGAAAGAAUAUAAAAGAUAAUUUAUUAAAUAUAAGCUUUUUUUUCAUUAGAAUUUCGAUAAAGUUUUUAAACUAGAAAAUUAUAUAGAUAAAAAUAAAUUAAGAAUAAAAUAUGCCAAGAGUAUUUGAUCCUGAAAGAGAUGAUCCUACAGUGAAGUUAAUUAAAGGAGUAACGACGUUUUUUGAAGAAUAAAAAUAUAAGCUGAGCGACAAUGAAAUAAAUGAAUUUAUUAAGCAAAUGCUAAAAAGAGAGAGAUAUUCUUAAAUGGUUCAAAAGUAUCUAUAAAAUAAAAUAGAAUUCCCUGAUAUUAUCAUAAAAAAUUCAUGCAGCAAGGGACAUUUCUUUUUUAAUACAAGCAAUUACCCUUUUCAAUAUUUUCCUUCUGACUAUAAUUAGUAGAAGAACGAAAUUAUUCUCUGCAAAAACCAAAUUAAAAAUCUCUUGGAACUUCAAGAAAAUUUAGACAGAGAGCUUACUCUUGCAUAUGAUCGCAAUGUUGAAAAGAAAGAUCUUUCUUCAGAUGCUGAUUUUGCUUGCUCAUAAAUCAGGGCAUGCAGAAUACAGCUUGAUAAUUAUAAAAAACUCGACGAUGGUUCUAAGAGAUAGCUUAGUUAAACUUGUGCUAGAUUCUUGUUUAGACAUAAAGGUCCGAAUUAAGAUAAGCUUCCUCAUGAUAUGUGGGUAAGAUAUACUGAAAAAAUAUUAGAUAAAUUUGAUUACUGUUAUAACCUAACCUACCCUUUUAAGUGAUUUUUAUGUUUUUAUAAUUAUUUGUUUUGAAUAUCCAUAGAUAGAAUUUAAUCUAAA